AUGGAGACUCUACACCAAGCCAUGAUCAAGAUAGAGGAGGACUAUGCAGUGUGCUCAGACUCUGAUCCGGAUUCUGCUUACAUGUCCUCUUCUUGGGAUUGGAAGAACAAUGGUGAAAAUAAUUCCUUGAGCCCAACUCCAUCUCCCCAUAGUUUGUCUCCUGUUGCUUCUUUUGAGUCCCCCUACUCAGCUUGCUCUCACCCAUCAACCUUGGAGGAGAUGGCUUUCGUUGAUGAUGUGUUGGCCUACAGAUUACUCCCCAAUUCUUCCCAUUGCCAAUAUGACAUGGCUAAGGGGAGAGGACACCCCAGGCGUGAACGUGGGUUUGAAUCCACAGUGACAGCACAACGCAGGAGGAAGGCAAGUGAGAGGGAGAAGAUGAGGAUGAGGGCUAUAGCUGAUGCUCUUCAUAACCUGCGCAGCAACUUACCACCCAUCUACAGCCAGGGCAGACAACCACUAACCAAGAUCCAGACACUAAGGUGCACUAUCUCCUACAUCGAGGAGCUCACCAACAUUCUCAACACCACCAAGGAGACAUAG